GCGUCGUUUUCGGUAGAACAGCCGCUGGGACGACCACCAGCGACUUCGAGGUGCUGACCUCUUUGCCGAAGAGCACCACCAUUCGACCCGACGUCGGCUUUUGACCAUAGCCGAGAUGGGCAUUUUUCGCAGGCCAAAGCCGUCACUAGGAAGAACACCAGAAACACUUUGCUGCGAGGACGCUUGGGUUCAGCAGCGACUUGUGGCUUGCCGGUCGACCCGAUCCGACUGUCCUUGCGGCUGGCCGACGCAGCUGGUGACGUUGCACCGCGUUUGGCUUGGCAACUGUCGUUUCACCGGGGUCGGCUGGUUACCGGUACCGGGGCCGUUUUUCCGCUGA